GGCAGUGACGUCAUUAUUUACCAUCAAAAAUGCAGAGUGCUCUUGAUUUCGAAGCUACGAGGCAUUUAUUCACGGAAGCAGCAAGAGAAUGUCACACUCAUGAUAGCCAGUCGCUCGAAGUGUUGGAGAAACAAUUCAAAGAAAUAAAUGGCAGUGACGUUGAGAAGAAAGUUGCGAUGGACCAGGCCAUCAAGGACUACCUAUAUGAACUCCUGGUUGGAAACAGUACUGCUAACGAUUAUGUAUCCGUAGUCAAGCUAGCAAUGCAAGCUCUGAUAAAAGACCUUUGCGCUCCACUCACAGUUGUCCAAAUGCUCGUGGAUAUAUUUGAGACGCAGACACUUGACGUUUGCAAGGAUGUCUUCAACUAUAUCUUGGAGGAUGUUACAGCUUGGACAUCGGAACCUAUCUAUGGAGUUGGAAAGAACCUGUUGUUAAGGAUGUGUAAUGAUAUACUGAAGCGGCUCUCUAAGUCACAACACACCGUCUUCUGUGGACAGAUUCAGAUGUUUUUAGUGAGACUCUUUCCUCCUCCAGAGAAAUCAGGUGUAAAUCUUCAAGGUCAGUUUAAUGUCGAGAACAUGACAGAGUAUAGCUCGACAAUGGACGAUGACCUCAUUCCUGAGGUCAAAGAGGAGAAGCCGAUCGCUGUUGAGAUGGAAGAAGGCGAAAUGUCUGAGUCGUCUAAAGUCACGAUCGACUACAACUUGUACAGAAAGUUCUGGACUCUACAAGACGUCUUUAGGACUCCGAUGCAAGUCUACAGCCGAGUCGCAUGGAAACAGUUCCAGCAUAACACGGAGGAGGUGCUACGCUGUUUCGCGAGCUACAAGUUGGACGAUGUGAAGAACAGUUCUCAUGUGUCCACAUCCCGACCCUUGGAACAAGACGUCUAUUUCGCCAAGUACCUCACAAACCAGAAGCUUUUGGAUCUGGAGCUAAGCGACUCCAACUUUCGUCGCUCAGUGCUAGUGCAGUUCCUGAUACUCUACCAAUUUCUCAAUGCCCCCGUAAAAUUUAAGACCGUUCAGCAGGAACUAAACGACGAUCAAAGCAAGUGGGUAUCCGACUGUGUUGACCGUGUCUAUGAGUUGAUCAAGGAAACUCCACCGGGAGGAGCAAGAUUCGCAGAAAUCGUGAAACAUACACUAGAGCGAGAGGUCAACUGGAACCACUGGAAGAACGAGGGAUGUCCAAGCUUUGUGCAGCCACUGUUAAAGGAAUCGGAGAAGCCAGUAUUCAAGGCGAGGGCUCGAAAGCGUAGCAUCGCAGAUGACUACAGACUGAAAGACACUAAGCGGAUUAACAUGGGCAACCCGGAACUAUCCAGACUGUGGAAUCUCACCCCAGACAACCUAGCAGCCUGCCGUGCCAGCGACAGAGUGUUCCUUCCGUCCCUGGAGGAGUUCUUCGAGGAUGCGAUAUACCAGGUGGAGCAUCCCGCAGAAGUUCCCAAGAGUGAAAAGUUGGUGAACGACGGUAACUACGGCUGGCGAGCCCUGCGUCUGCUAGCGCGCUCCAGCCCACACUUCUUCACCUACAGCAACCAGCCGCCGAAGAGCCUGCCGCUCUACCUCGAGGGCAUGGUGAAGAAGCUUGCCAAGGACAUUCCGUCGCACCACGACAUGAAGCCAGGAGCAGAUGGGGAUGUGGAUGAGGAGGCACUCCCAGCUAGAGGAGGAAGAGACAGAGGAGUUCCGGGAUGA